GCCAUCCAAAACUGCAUCAAAAUAUUGAUAAUUUACUCUGGUACACUAUAUGUUUUGCUCUAGAGUGCACUGGAUUACACUAUCAAGAAGAUUUUUGAAAACGCUACGUUCAAUUUGUCAACAAAUAAAGGUUAUUGUUUAUUUAUUUACUAGUGCAAUAAACAAUUAAUGCUGCGACAAAAGCUGUUCGGCGAAAACACGGGGGCUGUUUUGGACUUGUCGUUGCCCAAUUGCGCCCCCUCGGAAGUUUCCAGGUAUUUCCCCAACAUUAGGCCCCCAGUUCAAGAGGGCCCCCUUUUAGCAGACCGACUAAUUCAAAUUCAAUCUGUACUGAAUCAAGCCCUAAGUGGAGUGGAUUUUCGUAGGGCUCCAGUGGAGUACGUUUAUAAUCCUACAGAAUAUGCCAGGGCCCCAUUUGAACUGUAUUUAAGAAAAUAUUCAAAUUCCAACCAAAAAAUCCUUCUAGUGGGCAUGAAUCCGGGCCCCUUUGGCAUGUGCCAGACCGGAGUGCCGUUUGGGGACGUUAACUGGGUGAAAAACUGGCUAAAAAUCGAGGGAGCGGUGCAAAAACCUGCUCUAGAGUGCCCUCAAAGGCCAGUGCAAGGUUUCGCUUGCACCAAAAAAGAGCAAAGCGGGGAUCGAUUCUGGAAGUUUUGGCAGGGUUUGUGCACGGAACCCGAGCAAUUUUUUCAUAAUGCCUUCGUCUACAACUACUGCCCUUUGGCUUUUAUAAACGGAGCAGGUAAAAACCUAACUCCGGCUGAACUAAAAGUGGUACUAAUCACGACCCGCCUACACUUUCCACGUGGUCGAACGGAUAAACACGAAAUAUUCCGAAGAAAAUUGGCUCCAGCUGACUGAAAAACCAUUUCUAAGCUUGUACAAAGAAAAUUGAGAAUUGUACUAAGUUUAGUACAAUUAUGAUUUUUUAGCAAAAACAUUAUUUGAGUUAUAAAACAGUUUUCUACUCUAUUGAUAUAUUUUUUUCAGGAAUUGUACUAGACUUUGUAUAUUUGAAAAAAAUGUACUGAAUUUAGUACAAUUGACUCAGUUUACAUUAACGGCUAAUAAUUUUAUUCUAAAAUAAUUUUUUGUUAUUAAUUUUUUUUUUUUCAAAAUGUCAAACCGCAAAAUUUGUCUUCGACCAAUCGGAACGUUUCAUGUCCAAGUUUUAUUUUUUUUUUUUUUUUUUUUUAAUACAUAUUCACAUUAUAGUAGUUUUUUAAUACUAUUUGAUAAUAUAAAAGUUGAUACACACUUCGGCGCCUUUUUCAGAAAUGUACUAGAUUUAGUACAAUUAUCGAAAAUGUCAAAAAUAAUGAUGUAAUGUACUAAAAAUGAAAUGUACUAGAAUUAGUACAAUAUUUGAAAGUAAAAAUUGAUUGUACCAAGUUUAUAACAAUUAUUGAUGAAUUUUUUCCAUUGUCCUAAGAGUACGUACGAUUCUUCGGAUCAAAGAUAAAUUGUACAAAACUGAAAUGUACUAAAGUUUCGGAAAUAAAAAUUAAUUUAGUACAAAUUUUGAAAAAAUAUUUCUACUAUCUUUGUUUGUUUGUGUGCUCGUUUUUUGAAAAUAUAGAGAAAUUGUACUAAAAAUAAAUUGUACUAGAUUUAAUACACUUUUCGGAGAAAAAUAUAAAUUGCACUAAAAAUCGAAUGUACUAAAUAAAAGGUUGAAAUGUACUAGAAAUACAUUUUUUUUUCAUAUACAUAUUGUUUGACGAAAGAGUGUCUUUACAAUUACAAAAGAGAAAUGUACUAGAUUUAGAACAAUUUUUUAAAGUGUUAAAAACAGAGAUUAAUUCUACCUGAAAUCAAAGGUACUAAAUUUUGGUACAAUUCGGGAUUUGAUGGAUUUUGGGCCAAAUUGAAUUUUUCAAAUCUGUUUCAUAAAAAAAUGGAAAUGUACUAGAAAAACAUACCGUAAAAAAAUGUACUAGAAUUUAGUACAAUUUGUAAAUAACAAUUUUAUGAUUUUUCAAAAAUUUAAAUUGAAUUUUACUGAAAAUGUAUAUGUACUAAAUCAAGGAAAAUUCGGGAUUUAAUGGAUUCUGACCUAAAUUGAAUAAGUGAAAGACGGUGUUCAUGAUUUUUCAAAAAUUAUAGAGUUGAAUUGUACUAAAAAUAUAAAUGUACUAAGUCUAGUACGAUUCGUGAUUUGAUGGAUUUUGGUCUAAAUUGAAUUAGUGAAAAACGGUUUUUAUGAUUUUUCAAAAAUUUUGUACUAGAAAUGUAUAUGUACCAAACUUGGUACAAUUCUGGAUUUGAUGGAUUUUGAUCUAAAUUGAAUUUGUAAAAAACGAUUUUUAUGAUUUUUCAAAAAUUAUAGAGUUGAAUUGUACUAAAAAUGUAAAUGUACUAAAUUUUCAGAAAUGAAAAUUUAUUUUUUUUCGAAAAAAUAUUUUCAUUAUCCUGGGAGUUUGUGUGUGUUCGUUUUUUUGUACUAAAAUGAGAAAUUGUACUAAAAAUGAAAUGUGCAUACUAGUCUUAGUACAAUUUUUGAAAGUAAAAAUUAAUUGUAUUAAAUUUAUUACAAUUAUUGAUGAAUUUUUUCCAUUAUCCUAAGAGUACGUACGAUCAAAGAUAAAUUGUACCAAAACUGAAAUGUACUAAAGUUUCGGAAAUAAAAAUUAAUUUAGUACAAUUUUUGAGAAAAUAUUUCUAUUAUCCUAGGAGUUUGUGUGCUCGUACUUUUUUGAAAAUAUAGAGAAAUUGAACUAAAAAUAAAUUGUACUAGAUUUAAUACACUUUUCGGAGAACAAUAUAAUUUGCACUAAAAAUCGAAUGUACUAAAUAAAAG